AUGGAUAUUUUCGAGUUUAUUGUUGAAAAUAUAAACAAUCCAACUUGCGAAUUUAAUCGAAAAUUAGCCAGACUCCUUCAAACCUUUACGUUAAAUGGUAACUUAAAUGUCCCUCAAGCCGGUAACCCAGCAACAAGGUACAAUGUCUUGACAUAUUUCAAAAAACCUUCUAGAAUUAAAUCUACGCAUUUACGAGGUGUCUUACGUGUUAUCGUGUCACAAGCAGCACAACAAAUCCAAAUAAAUGACGCAUGCGUCAUUAGUAGAGCGACAGAAAUGUUGAAAAAGGCCAUUACUUUCAAUGAAAGACAAGGCUAUAGAAUUUUGGCAAGCCAUGUCAAUAUGAAACCAAUAUGA